AUUUGGAAAUUUUGCCUGAGUAAUUGGGUGGCCUGUGGCCUGGUUACAUGAAAUCGUAUGCAAAUCAGCCUCGUGUUGUUUGUUUUUGUGAAAAAUGAUUAGAAGCGAGGAUCAAAGACAGUCAUCCGAAAAUGGGACGCUAGAUACGCAAAAAAGUUACAUUUCCUAUUGACUUUGGAUAAGCAUGGCUGACGGGCAUGGGUCUAAGCGUGGAAAUCAUGGCGUCCAUGGUCAUGGUACACCUAGAAAGAAGACAUCAAGGGAAAAGGCUACGGGCAUAUCCAAGUAUUUAACUUUUUGGUGGCUGAACCCAUUGUUGACAAGAGGGUUCAAGAAGUCAUUGCAAGCAAGUGAUUUGGAUGAGCUUAUUUCUCUUGAUGAGCUUGGAAUCGAGGAGAAAACCCAUGAACUUCAAGUUAAUUGGAAUAAAGAGGUUACCCAGCAUAAAGACCAAGGCAGGGAACCAUGGUUAUUGAGGGCCAUUGCUAGGACAUAUGGACUGAAGUAUGGACUGCUGCUUUUACUAGCAGUCUUGGUGGAUGGAUUGGCCAUUGCUCAACCUCUUUUCUUGAAGAAGCUGAUCAAAUUCUUCUCAGGCUACCAGAUGACGGAGACGGAAGCAUACUUAUAUGCCUUAGCUGUCAGUCUCUGCACCAUAACAUCUCUUUUUCUCAAUACUCCCUACUAUUACCUCCGUAAGAUGACCGGUCUUAAUGCCAAGGAGGGAUGUAUUACUCUUAUUUACAGCAAGAUUCUCAAGCUCAGCCCAUCUUCCUUUUCAAAAAUUCCAAACCUUAAUAUAGCAAAUCUUGUUUCUUCAGAUGUUGCUAAAGUAGAUACGGCAUUCUUCUACCUUCACUACCUUAUCCUCGGGCCGAUUGAGGCCAUUAUUGUGACAGUGCUGCUGUGGCAAGAGAUAGGUGUGUCCUGCCUGGCCGGGAUGGGCCUUCUCUUUCUGCUGGUCCCUAUGCAAAUUGGAAUGAGCAACUUUAUCAUGAACCUUAGGAACCAGGCGGCACAAGUUAUGGACCAGCGUGUCAAGGUGAUGAGGGAAAUUAUCUCAGGCAUCCGCCCCAUCAAGAUGUACGCCCAUGAACCAUUCACUCGAGCUCUCAUCAGCAUGAUAAGAAAAGCUGAGAUCGGCUGGCUUAAAAGGCUGUCCAAGGGCAAGUCACUCUUCACAUCAAUCUUCUACAGUAGCCCCGCCCUGAUUAGCUUCCUGUCAUUCAUGACGUAUGCUCUGACAGGUCACACGUUAUAUGCCAGCUCGGUGUUCACAUGUGUAUCUUUGUUCAACUCGGUGCGUAAUGUAAUGACCUUACUGUUCCCUGUCGCCAUGUCAUCGCUGAACGACCUGCGCGUGGCCCUAAGGAGAAUCCAGGCUCUUCUGUUGCUUGAAGAGCUGUGUCCCAAGUGCCAGGGUCUGGAGCAAUCCGAUGAGCGACCUAAAGAAGAGGAGUGUAGCCUUGUAGCCAAUGGCAUAUCAGCGUACUGGAGCAAGGAUCUUCCAAAACCUACCAUAGACAACCUCUCGUUCGCUGUAUCUCAGGGUCGUAUGCUUGCUGUCAUUGGUGAAAUUGGAUCGGGCAAGACCUCUCUCCUUCAAGCAAUCUUGGGUGAACUGCCUCUAAGCCAAGGCACCCUGAAGAUCAAGGGUAAGCUAGCGUACACCUCGCAAACGCCGUGGGUUUUUAACAGCAGCGUACGGAACAACAUCAUCUUUGAUAACGAGUUUGAUGAGCAACGCUACAAUGAUGUCGUACACGCAUGCGCACUAGACAAGGAUAUCAGCAUGUUCUAUGAUGGCGACAAAACAUUAGUUGGUGAGCGCGGUGUGUCCCUAAGUGGGGGCCAGCGUGCAAGGAUUUCCCUGGCGAGAGCCCUGUAUUCUGAUGCGGAUAUCUACCUACUUGAUGACCCUCUCAGUGCUGUCGACAUACACAUUGGAAUGCAUCUUUACAAAAAUUGCAUCAUGGGGUAUCUGUCACGCAAAGCACGCAUUCUCGUCACGCAUCAGUUCCGCUAUGUCAAAGAAGCUGACCAUAUCAUUGCAAUGUCAGAGGGUGAAUGUGUAUCCCGUGGCACCUUCGACCAAGUCCGUCUGGCUGGCAUUGACCUAGUCGCCAUAUGCCCACACACGACAGUUGAGGAGGAGGAAGAGAUGAGGGAUAUCCAGGCAUCUGCUGCGCAUUCGCUUCACCACGAGAACCUCUCUGUUCUAAAUAGGCGCAAGCGAGCCGACAGUCUAGCCAGUAGUGUGUCAGCGGCCUUGUCUCAAGGCGGGAAAGUGUUUCCUAAUAUGGAAAUGACGCACCUGCUUACUGGGACUAUUGAGGAUACGGAAGGUGAUGUGGUUGCGCCUCAAGUGGAAAUUUAUGAGGACAAUGGACUGCCGGGGGAGACUAAGCACGAGGGUGCUGUCGCCAUAGCAACUUACAUACAGUAUUUCAAGUCCCUCCACAGCAUACCCGCGUCGUUGUUUGUGCUUUUGCUCUUUGUGAUAGCUCAGACGCUGUCUAUGCUGUGUGACUGGUGGUUAUCAUACUGGACCGACCUUGAUCAAGACAGUGUAAAAAAAGCCAAGCCAAUACCUGAUAGAGACACCAUGAUUGGCGUGUAUGCGGGCCUGACAUUCGGUCUAUUCUUUCUGACCCUCGUGCGUUCAACGGUGUUCUACGAGCUGUGCCUUGUAGCAUCCAGAAAUCUGCACAGCAAGAUGUUCGACGCCAUGAUGAGGGCACCCGUCUGCUUCUUUGACAUGAAUUCUAUUGGUCGCAUACUCAAUCGCUUUUCCAAAGACACUAGUUACUUGGACGAGUCUUUGCCGACAACGCUCAUGAACUUUCUUCAGACUGCGAUGACGACCCUGGGUGUAGUUGUUCUUGUCGGCGCAAAUAAUCCCAUCUCGUUUGCUAUUGUGCUGCCUGUAUUUAUCGUGUUUACGAUUGAGCGCUUUUACUACGUUAGGACUGCACGUGACCUUAAACGACUCGACGGCAUCACUCGUAGUCCCUUAUAUGGUCACUUCUCCACCACGCUUCUUGGUCUCGACACGAUCCGCGCGUUUGGUGCGCAGGACUCUGCUGUUCACCAUUUUCACCACCACCUCGAGAGCAACACGCGCGCGUUGUUUGCGUAUAUCUCCGUGUCGUCGUGGUUGACCUUCAGACUGGAGAUUCUAUCCGCCAUAUUCGUUAGCUUCGUGGCACUCAUCUCGCCUCUGCUGCGUUCGAGUCUAACGCCAGGUCUAGUGGGUCUUAUCCUGACGUACGCCACCAAGUUGUCGUCCGUCCUCGCCAAGUCUAUCAAGAAAGGGACCGAAGUCGAAAGUAUGAUGACUGCUGUUGAGCGCCUGAUUGAGUAUUGCGAUCUGGAGCCUGAGGCGCCUAACGAGACGGACACAAAACCGCCCAAGGGAUGGCCGGACAAGGGCGAGGUCGUCUUUAAGAAUGUGUACUUCUCGCAUCGUGAAGACCUACCACCUGUUCUUAAGGACGUCAGUGUUCACAUUAAACCUGCAGAGAAGGUCGGUAUAGUUGGGCGCACGGGGGCGGGGAAGUCUUCACUCCUCGCCACUCUCUUCCGUAUGGCCGAGCCUAAGGGCAAGAUAGAAAUUGACGGAGUGGACAUUACUAAACUGGGACUGCGGGAUCUCCGGACUAGCAUUGCCAUCAUUCCACAGGAACCUCUCCUGUUUAGCUCAACACUUCGGAGGAAUAUGAACCCCGAGCAGAAUAACGAUGAUUCAGAAAUUUGGGGUGUCUUAGAGGAGGUUCAACUCAAGAACUAUGUGGCGCAGCUACCUCAAGGGCUGGACACUUGUAUCGACGCCGGCAGUAUGAUGUUCAGUGUCGGUCAGCGGCAGCUUAUUUGCUUGGCACGCGCGAUACUACAUCGCACCAAAGUGGUUGUCAUUGAUGAAGCGACGGCUAAUGUGGACUCCAUGACAAGCAAGAUCAUCUGGGGCGCCAUCAACCGCCGCUUUCGAGACUGCACUCUGAUUGUCAUCGCCCAUCGUCUCUUUCCCGUCAUGGAUGCAGACGUGAUCAUAGUUCUUGAUGCAGGCCGGAUCCGCGAGCUAGACACCCCCUACAAUCUCCUUCAAGACCCUCACAGUCACCUCACGCACAUGGUUAUAGACACAGGGGCCUACGAGGAGCGCAAACUCCGCGAGCUAGCCAAGACAUCCCACAUGGAGAAGACAAGGACUGUCACAGAUGACCGCAAAAGUGGAGAAAAAGCUGUUAAUAACGAGUGCUUAAAGAGCGACGGGGGAGAUGAAAGAUCAGAGAAGGAUGGGAAAAAAACUGAUACUGAUAAAGGAUUAAAGAAUUAUGGUGAAUAUGUGCAAGACAAUUUGCCAUCUAUCAAAAUCAAGCGUGGUGAUGAUGAAAGCGAAAAAGACACCCAAAAUACACAUUUUUAACUCUGGGUUUUUAUACUCUAGGUUUUUUUUAUAUUCUAUUUAAUAAUUAGUUUUUUUUUUAUAAUUCUAGCUUUUGUGGCAUCGACAUAUUUUUACUCUUCUUUUUCUAAUAUUAAUGAAUAGGCUGUUUGAGUAUGUUCAUCUAUGUAAUAUUGUAUUUUUUAAAUUAUUAAUUUUGAAUACAUCUCUAGUGACAUAAAUGCACCUGAUCGUAGCAAAAAAUGUCAUUUGCAAUAGGGGGGACGGGCGGGCGAGCGGGCCCGCACCCCUAUUUUUAGUUAUUUGGGAGGUCGCGCAACUACGAUGGUUAUAACAAUUACUAGAACAACAUUAAAAUAAUGAUGAAUACUUUUAUCUUAUAUUUUCAUGACAAACAUGAUUUUUUUCUUAGA